GAAGAAAAAGAGAAGGGAGAGGGGAAAAGCUUGUUGCUGGUUGGCUUGCUACAGAAGCCGCGUGCGGAGCAAGGAGGGAGAGGGGAGAGGGAGAGAGAGAGAGAGAGAGAGAGAGAGAGAGAGAGCAAGCGGGCUAGCGGUGGCAGCCAUGGCAGAGCAGCACAGGGAGGAGUCGGGCGGGUCAGUGCUGGACAAGAUCUCGGACAAGCUCCACGGCCGCGGGAGCGGCUCGUCGUCGUCGUCGUCGGACUCGGACGACGAGCACUCGUCGGCGACGGCCGCCGUGAAGGCCAAGAUCUACCGCCUCUUCGGCCGGGAGAAGCCCGUCCACUCCGUCCUCGGCGGCGGCAAGCCGGCGGAUCUGUUUCUAUGGAGGAACAAGAGAAUCUCUGGUGGGGUGCUCGCAGGCGCAACUGCCAUCUGGCUGCUGUUUGAGGUCAUGGAUUACCACCUCCUCACCCUGCUAUGCCACUGCCUCAUCCUCACCCUGGCCAUCCUGUUCCUCUGGUCCAAUGCCACGACUUUCAUCAACAAGUCUCCUCCUAACAUCCCUGAGGUGAAGAUCCCAGAGGACCUGGCUGUGAAUGUUGCACGUUCCCUGAGAUAUGAGAUCAACAGGGGAUUUGCUACCUUGAGGGAGAUCGGCCAAGGCCAUGACCUGAAGAAAUUUCUGAUUGUGAUUGCAGGACUAUGGAUCCUUUCUGUUCUUGGGAGCUGCUGCAAUUUCCUCACCUUGUCCUACAUAGUUUUUAUGGUAUUGUACACUGUGCCGGUCCUGUAUGAGAAGCAUGAGGAUAAGGUUGAUGCUUUUGGUGAGAAGGCCAUGGUCGAGCUGAAGAAGUACUAUGCCAUCUUCGACGAGAAAUGCCUAUCAAAGAUUCCGAAGGGCCCAUUAAAAGACAAGAAGCAACAUUAGAAGAGCACAAUCAGACAAGGGUCUGCGGUGAUUUAUCAUGUCUUUUGAUCAUUACUUGUCGGUUUUGAAGGAUGAAUGUGAUUCCAUGUCUCCAUGUGAUGGUAAAUACCUGGACGUGUUCUAGUGUAUUAGUGUGGUCAGUAGCAAUGUGCUAAAUUAUCUAAGGUUACGCAGAAUUGUGUUAUGAAUUCCCAGUUUAACAUUACCCUCCUUGGAAGUGGUGGUUCCCUCGGUGUUUGUAAUAUAUAUCUAGUGCUAUUUCAUAACCGGACCUAGGGCUACGAUGAAUUGUUCUCGCUGGUUAUUGAUAUAUUUGAUGCUUCCGUUGAUAC